UGAAAAAGGUGGAUGACAGUCAGCAGCCCUGUGAAGCCCUGCCUCCUGAGAUGACAGCCAGCCUCCCGUCAGAUUACAGCCUGCGUGCAGCAGAGGGCUUCAGUCUGUCUGAAGGAGGAAAACGUCGCGUCCGCUGUUCGCGAAGCGUCACAUGGGUCCGAGGAGGAAAAAACAAUCGCUUCCUGAAAUGAUUCUCGUCACCGAUCACAUCACCGUGUCUCCCUCCUCCUCCUCUCUGCCGUAACACYGCAUCGUGCGUGAUUUUCUUGUUCUUUUUUUGUUCGAGAAGAAGAAGAAGAAGUCGGCGCCGAUGAUGAUCAGCAAAGUUAAAAACGCCAUGUCCAACCUGGUGGGAGGGAUGAUGCCGCACGGACACCAUCACCACCACCACCACCACAACCAUCACCCAGGUGGAGGAGGCCAGACGUGCGGCGGCCAGGACGGUCUGCCGCCCCGCUUCCCCUACGGCCGGCCGGAGUUCUUGGACCUCACCCCGGAGCUCCUGCAGUACUCCACGGAGCACGCGUCGCGGCCGGUGCUCACCUUAAAGAGGGACAGCAGGCUCCCCUGGAGGACCGGAUACGCAGAGGUGAUCAAUGCGGGGAAGAGCAUGCUGAACGAGGACCAGGCGGCGUGUGAGAAGCUGUUCGUGAGGAAGCCGAGCGGGAAACACCGAAACUCCAGUCUGUUGGACGACAGCGGGGACGGCACAGGAAUCCCCCUCCACUUCUGGGGGGUGUUYGACGGACACGCAGGUUCUGGCGCCGCCAUCAUGGCCUCCAAGCUUCUCCACCGCCUCAUCAGAGACGGUCUCGGGGAGAUCUGCCACCUCCUGGAAAAUCCCAGCAGCAACCCCCCCAUCUGCUUGGCCAAGAACGGCAGCCCGUACCAGGCAGACGCCAAGAAGGGAGCCACGCAGGAAGCCGAAGACCCCGAUGCCGUCUGCGACUCCUCGGUGCGCUUUCACAUGGAGAAGGUCAUCAGUCUGGAGAGCCUGGUGAUGGGAGUCAUAGAGACCGCCUUCAAACAGAUGGAUGACCUAAUUGAGAAGGAGAAAACUUCGUACGCCAUUUCGGGUGGCUGCUGUGCCUUAGCUGCUAUUAAUUUAAUGGGAAAGCUGUAUGUAGCCAAUGCUGGAGACAGCAGGGCCAUAAUCAUACGAAAUAAUGAAGUCAUUCCCAUGACUAAUGAAUUCACACCUGAGUCAGAGAGACAGCGGUUACAGUAUCUGGGCUUCCUGAGGCCAGAACUCCUGGGAAAUGAGUUCACUCACAUUGAGUUUCCUCGUAGGAUCCAGCACAGUGAAUUAGGAAAGAAAAUGCUCUACAGAGACCACAGCAUGACUGGAUGGGCUUAUAAGACAAUCGUGGAGGAUGAUCUGAAAUUCCCACUGAUAUAUGGAGAGGGGAAAAAGGCUCGUGUAAUGGCAACGAUCGGGGUGACUCGAGGGUUAGGAGAUCAUGACCUGAAGGUGUACAACUCCAACAUUUACAUCAAGCCCUUCCUGUCAUGCUUGCCUGAGGUAAAGGUUUAUAACCUGGAUGAAAAUAAACAUGGUCCAGAYGAUGUCUUAGUCAUGGGCACAGAUGGACUCUGGGACGUAACCACGGACAGGGAGGUGGCAGAUGCUGUGUCAGCUUACCUAACAUGCUGUGACCCAUCUGAUCCCAUGAGAUACACACUGGCAGCGCAGGACCUGCUGAUGAGGUCUCGAGGCGUGCUGAAAGAGCGCGGCUGGCGGCUUCCCAAUGACAAACUUGGCUCGGGUGAUGACAUCACUGUGUUUGUGAUUCCUCUGGCGGGACACGAGCCUGAGACAUGAGGAGUUCUGUUCAAGCGAAUCGCUUUGACGGAACUGACUCUUUCGGAUCCUUCCUGCCGUACCUCCAAGCUCCCUAAAUCCCAGAAGGAUGAGGCGGUGGGAAAGAAAAAAAAUAAAACAAACAUCUUUGUCUUUGGAAAGAUUUGGGUCUAAGCAGCACCUUAAUUGACACCCCUCUAUCAGACCCACAUCCUUCAUUUCAGCUUGAUCAGACUCCCAUCGCCUUUGGAUGAUUUUAAUCCUAAAAAAAAAAAAUUAAAUCAAAAAGUAGGUUUUUCAUUGACAUGAUCGGACAUGUUGAAACCUUUCUCCCAAACCUUAAAAAGAUCCUUGUGGUUUUUUCGUUUCCUGUUCAUAUCUAAAGCUGGGUGGAUUYUCACACUUUAAAAUAACUAUUUAUCAUAACGUUACGUUCAUGUUGUAACUCCCUGUUUAAAAAAAGGAGAUAAAAAGCCUCCAACAGUUAAAAAAAAUCAAACAAACAGAAGUAAAUAGGAUUGUGACAGAAAAUGUGAAGAAACCAAAGAGAAGCUGCUGGGUCAUAAAACGUGAAAACAAAUUCAAUCGUUUAAAUAGAGCUGAAACUCUGUUUAAAUACACCUUUUUUGCAGACUUUAUGAUGUUAAAUCAGACUAAACCUAAUGUAUAAGUCAGUAAUAUUUCCCAAACUUAUUUCAUAAUGGUAUGAAAUAUGGCAUUGAUGUUUUAUACUGACGUAUAAUUGUUUAAAAAGAUGAAAGUGGAACCUUCAGGCAUCAGGAAGUUGUAUUAUGAACCAGAGUUGUGGAGAUCAACAGGUCUCUUCCUGAAAUUUCAGCUGAUUUCCUUUUAUUUUAUUUUUCUAAACAAAGAAGCAGUGUUCGAGGUGUGCCUCACAGUGCAUCCACAGGCGUGGCUCCAGUUAACUAACAUUUCAAAAGCGAUGACCUCAUUUGGGCUUUCACACAUUUUUAAAGUGUUGUAAUCUUUCAAAUCUUUCUCUCUCUCUUUAUAUAAACAACUUUGGGGAAUCCUAACUGACGUAAAAACAGGAAAAGUUUAGUCUGAUUUAAUGUGGUCAUGGUGUACGUAAACACCUGGUUUCAGCUGUUUUUUGUCUCUUCAUUAAAAGGAGCAUGAAGGAMGUGCAGGCUGAAGGAAGGGUCUUUGUGGCACUGAACCAAACAGGAACAGUUCACUCUGUGUUGCAGUAUUUCAUUUAUCGAUGAAUGAAUGGAUGAAAAUGACGACACCUGAAGCACUUGAAGACUGUUGCACAUGCUCUGUCGUAGUCUGUCAUUUUAUCGUAUCUUUUUUUUUGACUGAAUGUUCUCAUAAACAACUUUUCUUUUUCUUACAACAAAAGACCGGUGCAUACACGUUUCAUGUGAAGAGGAUGACUUUUACGUUUAAGCACAUGAUGAUUUUUUAACCCAUAUCAGAGAAGGUAAUUUGUUAUCCACGCAUCAUUAAAUUAGUUAAACUUCACACAUUUGCCUUAUUAAAAAACAUGAAAGGGACUCGAGAGUUUUCUCUUUCAUUGCACUAAAUUUGGUUCAUGUAAGAGAGGCAAAAAAACAAAACAAAGGAAAAAAAAGAAAGCCCUUGAGUACCUCUUUUGUACCAUUUUUGUUGUGUCAUGUUGCUGUUUUAGAUUAUCCAUAUAUAUUUAAAGAUUAUUUUGCUUGUAACCAGUGAGAGAAGUUUAUUUUUAUGUUUCUGUUCAUAACUGUUGAAAUGGACUUUGAGCCACCAAAAUGUUUGGUAGAAGGUUAAUGUGUUCCAGUUUAGUAAUAAAUCUGAUUGUUUUUUUCCCA